GAACGAUUGGCUAGCGAUUCGACUAGAGAGGCAUCUAGGGAAAUAAGUGGAAUCGCACGAGUGUUGUGAGAGGGUAGUGAGGACGCACGAGAAGCAAGAGGGGUACAACGAACCCCUCUAGGCUCGGUUCGAGUCUACGGAGCUCGGAGUUGUGUUCGAAUCAUGGCGACACCCGACCCCGUAGACCCAGCCACCCUAGAGAUAAAGACCCGUAGCAUAGAACAGACACUACACCCACUAGUAAAGCAGGCUCUCGUCUUCGACCGACAAUUGUUGUAGGAGAAACAAUUGAGUUCGUAGGUAUAAUGGGUUCUUCCAUGAUUUCCACGUUAGUGUCGCACAGAGAACGUCCGCUAUGUUCGGACAGAAGUCUCCGUGCUGUUGCCAGAGUCGGGCAAGCGGUGAAUCUGGCUGUGGAGAGGUUCGUCACCGUUGGCGAGACGAUCGCGGAUGGAAAUCCAGAGAUCAGGGACGACAUGUACCAGGCGUGCAAGAGGGCAAGAGACGCUGGCUCGGCGAUCGAAAAAUUAUGCGAGUGCGCGACGGAGGACAGCCUAGCUGACCGAGGCUCCGUCGUGAGGGCUGCGAGAUGCCUUCUGGGCUCCGUGACCAAGGUCCUCCUUCUGGCCGACAUCGUUGUGGUGAAGCAGCUUCUCCUCGCCAAGAAGAAGGUUGCCCGCAGCCUCGGCCGCCUCGAAAGCGUUUCCAACUUCACCGAAUUCGUCAAGGCUUUCAGCCAGUUCGGGGCGGAAAUGGUGGAAUUGGCGCAUUUGACGGGUGAUCGCCAAAAUGACUUGAAAGACGAGAGGCGAAGGGCGCAGAUGGCAGCGGCUCGCCAAGUUUUGGAGAGGAGUACCAUGAUGCUGCUCACGUCCAGCAAAACCUGCCUUAGGCAUCCCGAGUGUCCGUCUGCCAGGGAGAACAGAGACACCGUUUUCUGCCAGAUGCGAAGGGCCAUGGACUUGAUACAUUACGUGGUCAAAGACGGUGUCCUCGAUUGCAGCGAGUCCCAGUCUUACUCCAAUUCUCAGAGUCCACAGCAGGAGGAUUGGGACAGCAGCACGGCGUUCUCCGCGUUGAAACACUUCGAGAGGUUGGUCGAAACCACAAGAAUGACUCUCCUAGGACCGGGUUGUCGAGAGACCCUCACCGCCGCGUUAGACACCGUCAUCGAGAGGACGCAGGAUUUCACCGACAGCGCAUACACGAGCCACGAGCACAGAGAGAAUAUACUUCUGCUUUGCGAUCGGGCGCAACUCGAACUCAACACCCUCCUGCGAAUUGGUAACAGUAUGAACUACGAAGGUGGUGGUGGGUCUCCGAGUUCUGAAAUGGAGCAAGCCGUUCUGGGAGUGUUACGUACCACCAGGGAUCUUCGCCAGCAGCUGUGCACGACCACAAUGGAACAAGCGGCUGAUCUUGGACAGGUAACUAAAGCGGGUCAGGAACUUGUGUCAACGAUCAGGAACGUCGCUCUGGCCAAUGACAGAUACCUUCUUCAAGAGAGCAACGAGAAAUUUCGCGAAUACAUUGAACACAUUCUCGAGGUGUGCAAAAUGCUGAGACACGUCGCACUUUCGGAAUCGUUGCAAGUUUCGGCGAAGUUCACUGAAAUUAACUUGAGAAUAUACGGCCCCCAAGUGGUGACAGCGGCGUACACUUUGGCGAGACAUCCUACGAGUAAAAUCGCCAAGGAAAAUCUGGAAGUAUUCGCCGACAUGUGGCAAUGGCUCAUGACCGAUGUGACCACCGUGGCGAAAGACGUGUUGGAAUUAAACCAAAAUCGACCGGAGAAACAAGUUUACAUGUCAUUGCCACGGCCUGGAAAACACGGAACAACGAGCAAGCCGCUGAAACCGGUGAAAUUGGACAGCGAGGAGCAGGCGAAGAUCGCGAAGGCAGGCCUCGAGAUGAAGCUGAUCACAUCCGAGAUGGACGCGGAAACGGAGAAGUGGCAGGAGAGCGGUAGCGCCCUCGAGGAGAACAACGACAUAGUGAAACGCGCCAAGAACAUGUCCUCGAUGGCGUUCUCCAUGUAUCAGUUCACGAGGGGGGAAGGGGCGUUGAAGACAACCCAAGAUCUGUUCACCCAAGCUGAGUAUUUCGCCGAGGAGGCGAACAGAUUGUACAAGGUUGUGAGACAAUUCAGCUAUCAGGUAUGUAUCAGUUGCCGAGGCAACGUAGAUAAUUCAGAGCCAAAACUGAAAUAUAUAUAUACACAUUUUCUUUAAUUGGACUGAUGUUCAGAUGCCUAUAUGGUAUAUACGCUGUGUAACGUGUAAAACGUUAUCCGUUGUUACACGUCACGCGUGUAUACACGUGUUACAUCAUCCUUACUUUUAUGAUCAUACUCUCUUACCCAUUGUUUAUUAUUAUUAUUAUUAUUAUAAUUAUAAUUAUUAUUAUUAUUAUUACUACUACUACUACUAUUAUUAUUAUUAUUAUUAUUAUUAUUAUUAUUACGGAUUCUAUACUGGACUUGAUUCCGAGUUUUUUGAUCCUUGCUAUAUUCGAGAUAUUUUUCCUUCAAUUUCGCUAAUUGAGUUUCGUUUUGACGUAAUUGCCACGCUAGAGCUACUUUGAAUCCUUGAAAUAUCUCAAAUAUCUCUUUGAAAAAUUUGAACGCACGUGUCUUCUUCUAUCUUUGGAUCGAUGGAUGAUUUUUCUUUUCCCUUCCUUCCUUUCUUUCUUUCUUUCGUUCUUUCGUUGUUUCAUUCUUUCUUUCUUUCUUUCUUUUUCAUUCGAUCGCGUUUUUUCAACGCGAACGACCACGUGAUUAAAUUUAAUUGGCGGAAGAACAAUGGAAGUGUAACGUUUCCAAAUGGAUUGGAAGUAGCUCGGGCGCGAAUUAUUAGCAUUAGACAUGUUCGAAUUAACACGUUUGCUGCCCUUUCGACCCUCCUAGCUAGGCCGAAUAUACAUAGUUUUACCCGAAACCAUUUUGAUCUUUCUAUACUCUUCUUAAAAGAAAUGA